CCUUGGGUGCGUUCCACUUAACGCCUGCAACGACAACGACCACGACCGCAAUAUUUGCCGUUCCACUAGAUUGUGGGCGCUACGGUCGAAAUCUUAAGUGGAACGAGUUUUGUGUAGUGACAGUGCGUCAUGGAGGUCUUUAUUAUUACACAGCGCUAUAGAACUUACGAAUCAGAAUCUGAAAACUCAAGUUCUGAUGACGAGUGGGUGUUGUAUCAACAAAAGAAAAAACGUAAACUUCGCUCGCGAAUUCCAAAUUACAUUAAUGUUGUAAAUAAUUACAUGGGACACGAAUUUAAAAGUCAUUUUAGAAUGUCAAGAGCGACGUUUGAAUGUCUUUUAGAAAUGCUUCUACCUUAUUUAGUAAGAAAAAUAAAAGGAUGUCCAAUGAUCCCACCUGAUCAUCAAUUAAUGAUUGCUAUUUGGAAAAUGGCAACCAUGGACUCCUACAGAUCUGUUUGCGACCGAUUUAAUGUUGGAAGAGCAACUGCACUUCGAGCUGUACGAAGAGUCACACAUGGACUUUUCUUAAAAUCUUCCACAUUUAUUAAAUGGCCUACUGGUGAUCUAGCUAUAAAGGUUAUGCGAGGAUUUGAGGAAAGCAGUAGUUUUCCAAAAACUGUUGGGGCCAUAGAUGGUACCCAUAUUCGGAUUGAUGCGCCAAAAGAAAACUCUGUCGAUUAUAUCAACCGUAAAGGUUUUCAUUCUAUACAGUUACAGUUGGUGUGUGAUCACAGAACGUUGAUCACACACUGUUAUGCUGGCCAUCCGGGCUCAGUCCAUGAUCAGCGAGUUUUUCGUCAAUCAGAGGUAGCAAAUUAUUUGAAUGACGAAGAGAAAUUUCCAGCUGAUAGUCACAUAUUGGGAGAUGCCGCAUAUGAGAUUCAUCAACACUUAUUAACUCCUUACAGAGACAAUGGACAUCUUACAGCGAAACAGAUUAAUUAUAAUUAUAGCUUGUCAGCAGCCAGAGUGACAGUCGAAAGAUGCAUCGGUCUCUUAAAAGGGCGUAUGAGGAGUUUAUUACAUUGUCUACCUAUGUCAAGAGUAGACCUAAUGGCAGAAUAUGUGAUUGCAUGCUGUGUGAUCCACAAUAUCUGUACAUUAAGAAGUGAUGAAAUUGAAGUAAUCACCAUACUUCCAACUUCAUCAGAACAUGACAGAAAUCAAGGAAUUAUUUUGCCUCCAGGAAACCAAAAUGCUGGUGGAAUUGCCAAAAGAAAUUUAAUUAUGAAUUCUUUACAGUUAUAAGUUUACAAAUUUAUAAAAAUACACUUAAAAAUAUUAUAAUAAAAACAUAAAA